UUAGAACCGUGAAUCAAGCUUUUGGCUGAGAACUAGCCAGCAGCCCUGUAUUUGUGCUGUGGUGUAUGUCCUGAGAGGGACUUAAUUGGCCUGGUGGGUGGCACCCUGCCCGUACUGUUCACAUAUUGCAGCCUGUGACACAGCAUUUCCCAUGUCCUCUGUGAUCGGCAGCCCCUUCACCUUGCUUUCCAAGAUCAAAUACACAGAUAAAUAUUAGCAUUUAUAGACUGACAACCUGAGAUAAAUGUUACCGAGCAUAGGUGACUGUGUAAGUUAGGCUUAUUCAGAAAGAGUAGGCAUAGUAUCAGAAAAUCAUUUAACAGAAUUUAGCAGGAGAAACACUCUUCUUCCCAUUUAUGAAUUUUUUAGUAAUUUUUACUGGGGAGGGGGUGGCCUAGACACCAUCUUCUCUUCUCAGGAGGAUUUAGAAUGCUGAGAGAGGAAGGAAUUGGACUGUUUCCUUUGGAAUUCUGCCUCCCCACCACCACCCCCCCAGGGAAAAUGUCCCAAAAAGCUCCUGAUGACCAGGCACUUCUUUAUACUGACAGCUGUCUGUGAAAUGUUAAUGGAUUUCCUGGCAAAUAAAACAGGGCAGGACCCUCCUUUAAGCAUUACUUUGCUAAAGCUUUCCCCAACUUCAAUUCAGAAGACUCUUGGAGAAAUUUUAUAAAGGAAUUGUUCAUAAGAAAUUUGCUUAUUGGUGACCACGUGGGCCAUGUGGGUCACUGACUCCCCCUCCCCUAGGUACAGGGCCCAGAGAUAAGGCAAGUCAUGUCUUGCUGGGGAGGGUGUGUACCAACAAGAAACAGGAAGCUGUGUUUCAACCGACUGGCCUGGCUGCUUUGCCUGGAGCUUUCUAACCCAGAGUCAGGUGUGCUGAGGUCCUUCCGCAGAGGACACUGCCUUUCUGAGCUGGCAACACUCGCCUAGCACAAGUAUCCUUAAUUGCUGUGCAGAGAAAACUAUGACCGCACUACAGCUUAAGGAGCUUUCACAGUCGGGCCUCUACCGGAGAAGGCGAGAGCGUCCUGAUAGUCUGAGAGUCAAUGGGCUCCCAGAGGAAGAGCUGAGCAACAUGGCCAAUGCUUUGGCCAGUGCCACGUGUGAACGCUGCAAGGGGGGCUUUGACCCUGCUGAGAAGAUCGUGAACAGUAAUGGUGAGCUGUACCAUGAACAGUGCUUCGUGUGUGCUCAGUGCUUCCAGCAGUUCCCAGAAGGACUCUUUUAUGAGUUUGAAGGAAGAAAGUACUGUGAGCAUGAUUUCCAGAUGCUCUUUGCUCCCUGCUGCCACCAGUGUGGUGAAUUCAUCAUUGGCAGGGUUAUCAAAGCCAUGAACAACAGCUGGCAUCCUGAGUGCUUCCGAUGUGACCUCUGCCAGGAAGUGCUGGCAGACAUAGGGUUUGUCAAGAAUGCUGGCAGACACCUGUGUCGCCCAUGUCAUAAUCGUGAAAAGGCCAGAGGCCUUGGAAAAUACAUCUGCCAGAAAUGCCAUGCCAUCAUUGAUGAACAGCCUUUGAUUUUCAAGAACGACCCUUACCACCCAGACCACUUCAACUGUGCCAACUGCGGGAAGGAGCUAACUGCUGAUGCUCGGGAGCUGAAAGGGGAGCUAUACUGUCUGCCAUGUCAUGAUAAGAUGGGGGUCCCUAUCUGUGGCGCCUGCCGGAGGCCCAUUGAAGGGCGAGUAGUGAAUGCCAUGGGCAAGCAAUGGCAUGUGGAGCAUUUUGUUUGUGCCAAAUGUGAAAAACCAUUUCUUGGACAUCGCCAUUAUGAGAGGAAGGGCUUGGCCUAUUGUGAGACUCACUAUAAUCAGCUAUUUGGUGAUGUUUGUUUCCAUUGCAACCGUGUCAUAGAAGGUGACGUGGUCUCUGCCCUCAACAAGGCCUGGUGUGUGAGCUGCUUUGCCUGUUCCACUUGCAAUACCAAACUAACACUCAAGAAUAAAUUUGUGGAGUUUGACAUGAAACCAGUCUGUAAGAAGUGCUACGAGAAAUUUCCUUUGGAGCUGAAGAAAAGACUUAAGAAACUAUCUGAGACCUUAGGAAGGAAAUAACUUUUGGUGUCUUUUUUCUCUUUCUUCUAACCAAUAUUACUUAACCUGAUCCACCCUCAUCUACUUUUGCUUAAAACUGUAUCAAAGCAUUAGAGAGAAUGGUUUUCUUCAUUUCUCUUUUCUCAUUUAAAAUGAAAGAACAUGUUUAUUUCCAUGUAAAACACAGAUGAAAUCAGGACUUUCAUUUCUUUAGCCAUAUUAGUAGUAGGCAUUAAUAGUAUAUAGCCAAAAAGCAAAACAAACAAAAAAAGUUGAAGGGUAGUUUUAAUUAAGCCCUCCAAAAUAUAAAUUUAACUCUUCAGAAUUAAACACCCUGCUCUAUGGACCAACAGAAGCACUUGCUGCCAAACCUAGUGGACUCCUUGAGAAAGUAUCUGUGGCCAUGUCCCUGUGGGUCAUGUGGAGCGAGAACUCACUCCCACAGUUGUCCUCUAAGCUCCACAGACAGCUGUGGUGCAUAUGCGCUGACACACAUAAUUCAUAAACAUAAUAAACAACCACUGUUCCAAAGAGUCAGCUCUUACAUGACUCCCAUUUUAAAGGACUCUAAGCUUUGCUUUCCUUUAUAGCAUAAGAAAAUAAUUUCCUAUUCAUAUGCUGGGAGAGGAGAUAAGUAAACUACCAAAACAGCUCCUAUGUAUAAUCAUGUGUUUAUCCAGUUAGCACUGUAAAAGGAACAUACAUAUUAUAAGAAGCAAAAAAUUUUCAGAGUAUUUUGAUUUUUUUAAUUAAAUCACUAUGCUUAAUCUUCUAUUUUGUUCUCCUUAUAAAUUUUUCCUUCAUAAAUUACUUAACAUACUUGUAGCUACUAAUGAGUCUUUUACAUUUUUUGAGCAAAACAAAACAAAUUGUCAGGAAAAUAUUGCAUACAUUGUGAUACUGAUGAAAUGAAGCAUUUUAAAAAUAUAUUACACAAUUGUGCUUCUAAACUUAAUGUAAAAUACAUAGUAUUCAAGUGGGUCAUGAAAUGCACUAUUAUGCAGCUUGAAAUGUAUCGAUUUCCAAAGUGAAUGUGAGCCAGGGGCAGUGGCACUAGGCGUGGACCCCAGCACUCUGGAGGCAGAGGCAGGCCAACCAGGGCUGCGUAGUAAAACCUUGUUUCAGAAAGAAUGACUGUAUCUCAUAUUACCUUUGUGCUAAUAUCUACAUAAUCUAACUUGCCUUAGAAAACUGCACCUUAUAAUCAGGAAUUCUAGAUAUUUCUUAUAAUACCAAAUUAAGUAUUUUGACUGAGAUUCAUAAAUUUAGAAUCAUUUGCCACUGAUAAAAACUUUAAAAAUUCUUUUCUCAGGAAGCCAAUGAAAGUUAACUUCUAUCCUAUUAUUAGAACU